CGCAAAUCGCCGGCUAAUUUACUAAGUCAAUCUACUUUAAAUAGUUUACAAUGCUUAAACCAAUCUUAAACCAAAUCGGAACAAAACGAGUCGUACUUGCUAGUGGCUCACCACGGCGACAAGAACUGAUAUAUAAUUUGGGAUUAACCACUGUUACACUGUGUCCAUCGACGUUUGAAGAGAAUUUGAACCCCGCUGAAUACUCCUUUGAUGAAUAUGUUGCCAUGACUGCGUACGGCAAAGUACAAGAGGUAUACGAACGGCUUUCGAAAGACGAAGGAACAAAACCGGAUAUCGUUAUUGGUGCAGACACUAUGGUCACGAUGGAUGGGCAGAUGUAUGGCAAACCAAAAACUCCCGAACGUGCAUUUGAGGUUCUGAAAAAGUUGAUGGGAAAAACGCACAUUGUCUAUACGGGCGUAGUAAUAAAGCACCACGAGAAAGAGGUCAAGUUUACCGAAUCUUGUCAAGUACAUUUUGGAAAAGCGACCGACGAGCAGAUCAAGGCCUACGUUGAUACAGGAGAGCCGUUAGACAAAGCUGGCGGCUAUGGCAUACAGGGUUUGGGAGGAAACUUGGUGGAGAAAAUUGAAGGAGACUACUUCACCGUCGUUGGCUUACCAAUGUACCGGUUGUCGGUAGAACUGUGCAAAUUGUUCGGCUACGAAAUGCAGUGAUUGCCAAUAUGGAAUAGGACUAGGAAAACCAAAUACAUGUUGAACUUCCACGUGUUCACAAAUGGACUAAAAUAACACGAAAUUCACUGCAAACCUUGGUCAAACGAUUAGAAAAAUAAAAAAGAGGUAAAUAAUGAGAAUAGUUAGUAAAUUGUAACUUAAUCUAACGUAGAU